UUGAAGUUGGCCUAAGUUCAAUGAGUGGAACCUUUGGUCUGUUGUCACUUUUUUUUUUUACUCUGCUGGUGGUUUAUGAGAAAAAAAAAGUGGACAAUUCCUAACCCUUACUUUCUUGUCCACCGUUCCCUGAGGAUCUUUGGACCCCGGGGAAGCUGUGAGUCAUGAUGCAGUACCGGUAAUAGAGCGAUCAUGUGUUCAGCCCUGCCCGCCCUGGCCCUCGCCCUGGCCCUGUCCCUGGCUCUGCUGCAGAGCUCGGUGGCCUUUGUCCCCAUCGGAGGGGGGGCAGCCACCCAUGUCAGCAUUACAGGGACGGCUCUUUUGCAAAAACUGAAAGAGACUUGUAAGGCUGUGGCCGAGGCUUCCGGACACGAGUUUAAUCCCACGGGUCCCUCCGCGGAGGAGCUGGUCCGGGCCUGUCUGGGUCCCACGGCGACCGGGGAGGUGUCGGCCGCCAAGUUCCGCGCGGCUCUCCAGGAGGUCUACGUCCAGAACGGGCUGGUGGACCGGGACUUUGUUGCCAGCGCUCCUCACCACUUCAACUCUGAGGCCUUCUUGGAAGGGCGUGGCCUAAUCACAGAGGGUGUGGUCAGCAUCAAGGCCAACAUCCGAAAGCAGAACUACCAGGCUUCCAGGGAAAUGCUUGGCAGAGUUCUCCACACACUACAGGACUUUUACAGCCACAGUAACUGGGUUGAGUUGGGAAACACAGAGCCAUUUGCCAACCUCAUCCAACCAGAUCUCCCCAUAGAAAACAUAGCAGCUAAGGACACCGCCACAUGCAGUGACUGUGCCAGUGGGAAUUGUCCCAACCCUAUACUUGCCAACAUUCUUCAGGAAAAGAAGCUGACAUCGGGCUACAUGGGAAUUUUCUCAAGCGAAAAGCCUAAAGGUAAAUGCAGCCAUGGAGGUGCAGGGGACCUGACCAGCGCGGCGGUACCCCGUGGGGGCAUCAGCAAGGACGAGCGUCGCCCCGGCAACGAGGGCCUCCACGACGCCGCCGUCACCGCGGCAACCAGCGCCAGCCUCCAGCUCCUGGAGGACAUCAGAGGAGCGGCCGGCGACCGCGACUUCCUGAGGUUGAUGGGGAUCGCUCGCUCGUCGGUGGUGUGCUUCGUCAUCGACACCACGGGCAGCAUGUCGGACGACAUUGCAGCGGCCAAGGCGGCAGUUUACAACAUCAUUGACAGUAAAAAGGGAACGCAGGAUGAACCAUCGGAGUACAUCCUGGUCCCCUUUAAUGACCCCCGCUUUGGACCAAUGACAAGGACCACAGACCCCGAAGUCAUGAAGAAUGAGAUCUCCAAGCUGAAGGCCAAAGGCGGCGGUGACGAUCCAGAGAUGUGUCUCUCAGGGCUCCAGAUGGCCUUGACGGGCUCUCCGGCCUCCUCACACAUCUACGUGUUCACCGACGCCAUCGCCAAAGACAUCGCGCUCAAAGACACCAUCUUGGCUCUCAUGAGGAGCACCAAGUCUACGGUGUCAUUCUUCAUGACCAAUGCCAGAGGAAGGAAACGGCGUUCCGUCACGGCGUCCUUCAACGACUACACAGACCUGGCCUUGGCCUCUGGGGGCCAGGCUAUCCAGGUCACAAAGGGAAAUCUCCCUGAAGCCACCGACAUCAUCCUGGACACCUCCACCUCAGCCCUGGUGACCGUUCUUCAGCGGUCCAGGAGCUCUGGGAGUGAGACCUUCACGUUCCUGCUGGACGAGUCUUUGAGGAACAUCACGCUCUAUAUAACUGGGAGUCGGUUGACCUUCACCAUUACCAACCCUGCAGGUGUGAGUCAGAGCAACACGCAGCUCAGCGGUGGCCUGGGGACGAUCCAGAGUGUUGGGAACCUGUGGAGAAUCCGUCUUGAUGAUGAUAAGCAGACUGGAACUUGGAAGAUACAGAUGGCCUCGGCUCAACCCUACACACUGAAGGUCACAGGCCAGAAUACCAUUACCUUCAUCUAUGACUUUGUGGUCCCCUUCGAGGGACCCCAUCCCGGUUAUGCACCAAUCGCCGGGCGUCCACAAGCAGGCAGGCCGACCAUGUUGUUGCUGUCGGUGAUGGGCCGGAAGGGGCCUGCGUCGGUCACGGUGGGCGAGGUGGGCCUCAUUCCGGUGUCCCGGGCUGAGAACGUGAGCAGAGGCUCGACGACGGACAUGGGCAACGGGGACAUCCUGGUCACGGUGGACGCCGUUCCACAGGGGGAGUUUGUGGUGAUCCUGACGGGGACGGACUCGGUGUCCGGGAGUCAGUUCCAGCGCCAGUCCACCACCCAGAUGAGCGUCUCUAAAGUCCUCGUCACGGCAGUGGUGGACAGCAGCGUCGAGCCGGGACAAAUGCUGAUUAUUCCCUUCAGCGUGAUGACAGAGGGCGCUGGCGGGCCAUGCUCCAUCAACGCCAGGAAUAACAGAGCAUUCCCUAUGAUAUUCCCCAAAAGUGUUCCAUUGACGACCGGGCAGUAUGCUAAUGCUACUCUGACCAUCACACCACCUAAAGACACACCAUCAGGCACCGACAUCACACUGACCAUAGAGGCCAAGACCUCUGCCUCAGCUGAUUCCAACUAUGCUGUCUUAAGGCUGUCUGUUGUCACCAAGAUUACAGACUUUGUCCGACCAACGUGUAAAGUAGACCGAGUCGCGGCGGACGACUGUCCCACGAACGUGUCUCAGUGUGCGUCUUUCCGCUGGAAUCUCUCCGCCAACGUCACCGACGGUAACGGGACGGGCAUCAACCGCAUCACUCUGCGGCAGGGAGACGGAGUACUCUCCCACGACGCUCUGACCCACCUAGACAUCGAGGCCUCCUACAACGCCUCCUGCUGCUCCCAGAUCGUUGAAAUCGUGGCCGUCGAUAAAGUGGGCAACGUGGGAACAUGUUACCACUCCAUCGCCCCGCCAACCAUCGCCCCGUCAGUGGGCCCUCCGACCAUCGUCCCGUCAGUGGGCCCUACUCCCACCGUCCCGGCAGGGGGCCCUCCCUCCCUUGGCCUGGCCCGCCCGCUGUUGUUGCUGUGUCUGUUGCUGGCCGCUUUGAUUGCCAGGAGUUAGAAAUAAUUGUACAUGAGUUUUUUUUAUGAAUUUACAAUUAUUACUUAAAAUAUUUGCUUAAAUACCUUUUGUGAAUAAGAACGCACCACAUGAGAGGAUCAAUUCAAAUGAAAUAAAAUAUUUGUGUAUAUGCGAGAUUCUUUGUCUCACAUAAUGCAACUGAUAAACUGAUGCACCAGAUUUCAAAGACAA